AUGUCUGAUUACUGCAUACGACUGUAUAAGGAUUCAGAUUAUCAUGUUGUCAUGGCCCUGUUUAGUCGAGGAAUUAAGGAGCACACCCCAGGAGCUUUCUAUCAUCUGUUUCACCUUAUACACUUCUGGAUUACUGCCAUACUUGUUUUCCUGCUAACUUUUCUCACCAUGGGAUCUAUCACAGUCUCAUUGUUGGCUGUUACCUUGUUAAUAGUCAUUCUCUAUAUAUGUGUCAGACAUAUCUAUCAUUCCUAUUUGAAAAACUGCCUUUCUGAUGACAUGUUGGACAUCAGCAAAUACUACCUGCAGAGGGAUGGGUACUGCUUCUGGGUGGCUGAGUGUGCUGGGCAGGUAGUAGGUACUGUGGCAGUUGUCCCACCAGCCGACCCCAGAGAGAAGAAACAUGUGGAGCUCAAGAGGUUGUCUGUGGCCCUGAGCCACAGAGGCAAAGGGAUCGCUAAAGCCUUGUGUAGGGCAGUCAUAGACUUUGCCAGGGACAGGGGCUGUGAAGCUGUGGUCCUACAAACAUCCCUGGCUCAGUCAGAUGCCCAGAGGCUCUAUGAGAAGAUGGGAUUCAGGCUGAUGCGUAUAUAUCUUACAAAUAUGUUUACUAAGUUCAUAGACUUCAGGAUCCUGUUGUAUCAAUAUAAUUUGCCAAGGUCCAAAUGA